AUGCUCACAUCACUACCUGCGCCUGCGCCACCGCUGAAAUCUGAUGCUGUGCCCCACCAUCGGGCGCUAGAUACGGUGGCAGCGCUUCGGCGCCCACCGAUCGACCCCAUUGUGCUCGCCGCAUCGCUCAGCUCUGGACCUCAGGUGACACGCCACCAUUUUCACCACACAUUUGCGGAUCCGCAGUCUGCGCGCAUGUCCGGACACUCGCAGCAAAUGCCAGUCAGCGAGCGCCUGCGGCAGACGCGGAUGGCGGCUGUGCCCACGGCUCGGAAUGCAGUCGAGGAUGAGCAUGAGCAUCACGCCAUCAUGCAUAGCAAGCAGGCACCGCGAAGCGUGCGCCUGCAGCGCGAGAAGGAAGAGCGUGCACGCGCGCUCGCGGAGCCCACAGCGACUGCGGCACCUGCCCUGUCAGAGGCACCAGCCGUCGCAUCGAGCACGGUGUCACGGCGCGAGUCCAUGCAGUCGACAAAGCCACCAGUUCCCCUGGAAGUACGCUGCUGUGCGCGUACGCGUGUGCCGACCCCUCAUGGCGAGGUGUUCUGCCACCUGUACCGGAACAACCAUGACAACAAAGAGCACAUGGCAUUGGUGAUUGAUCCUGCGCAGAACAAUGCGGCUAUACAGGCACAGCAACAGCAGGGUCUACUUCGUCGCGCGCGACCAAUCCGCAGCCGUACGCUAGAUGCGGUAUGGAGCGAGAACGAGACGACGAUGGAGCGCCUUGUGCGAGGCGCCUACGUGGACCGGCUAAGUGAGACGCACCAAGUGGCAUCUGUGCCUGAGCAGUUCGCGACAUUUGAUGGCGAUGACCCAGAUACGCCGGCACCGCUAGUGCGAAUUCACUCAGAGUGCUACACGGGAGAAACGAUCGGCAGUCAGCGGUGCGACUGUGGUGAGCAGCUGGACGAGGCGCUGCGGCUUAUCGGCACAUCGACAUCGCAGGCCGCUGACGGCAAGACGGUGGCGCCUCGUGGCGUCGUUGUGUACAUGCGCCAGGAGGGCCGGGGCAUCGGGCUGCUGGACAAGCUCAUGGCGUACAAUCUGCAGGACAUGGGGCACGACACUGUCAGUGCGAAUGUGCUGCUCGGCCACCUACCUGAUGCUCGACGCUACGAUAUCAGCUGUGCCAUCCUGCGGGACCUGGGCAUCAACUCGUGCCGCCUUCUCACUAACAACCCUGAAAAGAUGCAGGCCAUGGAAGAUGAAGGGAUCCAGGUUACGGAGCGUGUGCCGAUGGUUCCACGCAUGUGGCGGUACCACGAGCAUACCUCUACACACCAGCGUCGAUCGGGAUCUGUCGCUACCCGGCUCUUGCAGGGACCACGGCGGUCCCGGCCGAACAGCGUAAUUUCCCAAGCUCUCGAUGGGUCUGCUGAACAUGGAAUGCUGGUGGACGAUAGCGACGAAGCAUGGGACGACGACGAUGCCGAAGAUUCCGACGAGAGUGCCCACAGCUUCCACUCCUAUACCUUGCGGAACAAUGGCGCAACACUGAUUGGCGGCAGCGUCACACGCGGCAACGAUCUGGAAAAGUAUUUGCGCACCAAAAUCGAGCGCAUGGGCCAUCUGCUACAGGAGCCCAGUGCAGCUACUGCGCCCCGGCCUUAG